UAGCAGAUGGACCCACCGACCCACCCCCCGACGGCGGCUACGGCUGGCUGGUUGUGAUUGGCUGCUUUAUCAUGCACGUGAUCCUGGGCGGGCUGGACCGCAGUGAAGGCGUCUUCUUCCUCCUGCUGCUCGACACGUUUGGCCAGAGCGCGCUGUUGACAGCCUGGCCCGGGGCCAUCGUCUGCACGCUGCAGCUGGUCAUGGGGCCGGUGGCCAACGCCUUCUGUAGCAGGUACAGCGUCAGGACGGGCGUGCUGCUGGGGGGUUGUCUGAUGUCACUAGCUCUCCUCCUCAACUGUUUCGCCACCAACAUCUACUUCCUCUUUUUCUCGCACGCCCUUCUGGGCGGGGUCGGCAGGGGGUUGGUCUACGCCCCUGGCCUGAUCAUCGUAGGCAUGUACUUCGAUAAGAGGGUGGGGCUGGCAUCCGGCCUGGGGACAUCCGGUGUUGGAAUUGGAACGUUCCUGUUGGUUCCUCUAGUGCAGGUCAUGGCUCAGGGCUAUGGCUUUAUCGGGACCUUUCUGCUCAUUGGUGGUUUCAGUGCUAAUACGUUAGUGGCGGGGAUGUUGUUUCGGCCUUUAAGUUUACAUCACAAGUUCACCAGAGCCCACAAGAGAAAAUCACAAGACGAUGGACACAAAUCUGCCACUACUAAGACGAUCAGGAACAAGGACUUUGACGCGGUUUGUGAACUCACUGAAGGCAAAAACCUGAAGGCGAGAACUUGUCAGUGUAUGACGUCAUCGUUUAGUAUUUGUUUCCCAAUAGAAACAAGCUCAAAAUCGUCAAAUGACAAGAAAAAACUGUUUCAUUUUUACUUGCUGAAGGAGCCGCCAUUUUUGUUGUUUUGUAUCAGCAUCUGGCUCUUCGCCAUGGCCUUUAGAACAGCCUUCACCUUCAUGCCGGCUCUCAUCAAAUCGAAAGGAAUACCAGAACCGGAAGCGGCCAUGGCUUUAUCUGUUGCCGGCAUCGUGGACACGGUGGGGCGUGUCUUGGCUGGAUUCCUAUUGGACACGUCCUUGCUCCGCCCCUUUCGGCCUUACCUGUACAACCUCGUCAUCUUCGCCCUGGCCGGCAUCGCCUUCCUGCUGCCGUCCUUGUCCGGCAUCGUGCCGUACUGUGCCGCCUGUGGGGUGUACGGCCUGCUCUCCGGUGCCUACAUCUCCCAGAAGUCUGUCAUCCUCAAAGACAUCCUAGACCCGGGCCACAUGGCCAACUCCUUCGGGAUUUUAAUUGUGUUCCAGGGUUUAGGGAACCUCCUGGGGCCACCGUUUGCUGGGGCCAUGAAGGACAACCUCGGCGGCUAUGACGAAGCUUUCUACCUGGGGGGUGGUCUGCUACUGAUGUCAGGGCUGCUCAUGUCCAUCAGCAACGUCAUGUUGGCAGUGGGGCGGAGACAGGGCAAACACAAACAGAAACAUUGAACCCUGUAGAGAGUACGGCGUUGUGGCUUGGGGUACCAGCAUUUCACGCAACAAUUCAGCGUGGUGUCAUCUUCACUGCCCGGCACCUCUGCUGGGGUAUAGGCCGCCAACCAGAUCUCCAGAGUCCUCUGUCCUGCAGGGGUAUGGGCCGCCAACCAAAGAUCUCCAGAGUCCUCUGUCCUGCUGGGGUAUAGGCCGCCAACCAGAUCUCCAGAGUCCUCUGUCCUGCAGGGGUAUGGGCCGCCACCCAAAGAUCUCCAGAGUCCUCUGUCCUGCUGGGGUAUGGGCCGCCAACCAACGAUCUCCAGAGUCCUCUGCCAUAUUCUCAUCCUGGCUCCAGAUGACGCCCAUCUUUAGUCUGAGCUUCCAGGUCCCGUCGCCAGAUGUUUCUUGGUCGACCUGUUUUGUACUUACCCUAUUGGUUCCCCCACACUGUCAGCCUAGUGGUAUAGGUUAGCGGUGUGCGCCGUGAUGAGCGUGCUGUGGUAGCUCAGUCAUGGAGCUGUGUGCCCAAACCACGACCAAACAGCCCGACAAACACGGAGCUCUUAUGUGUCGUGAAUGCUCACAGCGUACACAUCAGAGUUGUCCACUCCUUUACACCGAUACCUCACCGUAAACGCUAACAAGUAUUCGUGUUCCUAUUUCUAAGUGAGUUCUUCUGGAGUUACUUAUCCUGAUUUAUGUUCUCAACCUAUUCGCAAGCUGGGAUUGUGAAACGGCUGACAUUUUUAGUUUUUAUGUGGGUGU